AUGCCUCGCGCUCCCCUCCAGAGGCAGAAACUUGCGGGACCUGCUCUCAUCUGCAUUAACGGCCCCUUAGUGACCAGCAUUGUCGCCGAAAAACAGCCACGUUUGACAGCCUUCAUCCUUUCUUCUAUCUGCACAGAAACCUGGCUGGGUCACCUAGCGCCCACUUCUCCCUCAGCUUCGAAGCCCGUUGCCAUUCGUCAUUUUCAAGCGUCAACUGCGACGCGGUUCCUGGGCAUAGUGGACUGCUACGGCUGUUUCUUCUCAAACUGUACUAACGUCAUUCUGUCGCCCAUGAAUCUCCUCUGUGGUGUCGAAGUUUCGCUUAGGCUCCUCGAAUAUGCCCUCGCGGUUACCCUGGCGGGCGCCAACCUCCUCACUUUUGAAACCCUCGGUGUUGCUGUUUACGACGUGCUUCAAGGGCAUCUCGCAAGUCAGACCUACUAUCUUUCUUUAUUUCGUAGAAGGUUGUCGCUUGUUGAGUAGCGCUACGAGAGUUUCUGACUGUCCACCCAUCCCUGAUGCGUCGUCGGUCCUCAUUAAGGAGAGAAACUUCAUCAUCCACAUCGACCCUAAACCCCCCUACCACGCUCUCCACCUUCUGCAAUGGUACGUUCAACUCUCAGGGGAUAGCCAACUGGACUACAUAUCACAGUCCACCUUUCACACUCGCUUUAUGGUGACUGACGUGCCCUCCAGGUCCUUUAUUGCCAAACAUCAUCUCUCUGCUGGGAUGGCAUGGCCGCAGAUCAACAACGCCGUGGGGCUAAUGCGUGGUUAUGUAGCCGUACUGUCGACCUACGCUAUUAUUUUGAGUUGGUGUGAUUACGUUGGCAUGGUGUUGCUGUAUGUCGCGGUGUGUGUUCUGUUGGCCGCCUUGUUCCUUUGUUGCCGUGUCUACCUUUUCCGGCCCAAUGCCGCUGGCUCUCCUUGA